CGGGUCAUGGCCACCGCGGAGCAGGGAGCGCGCGCGCUGGGCUUCAAGUGUCUGUCGCUGGCCACUUUCGUGCUCCUGUGCGCCGGGCAAGGGGGCCGCCGCGAGGACGGGGGUCCAGCCUGCUACGGGGGCUUCGACCUGUACUUCAUUCUGGACAAGUCGGGCAGUGUGCUGCACCACUGGAAUGAGAUCUACUACUUUGUGCAGCAGCUGGCUCAUAAAUUCAUCAGCCCCCAGCUAAGAAUGUCCUUCAUUGUCUUCUCUACUCGAGGAACAACCUUAAUGAAGCUGACAGAAGACAGAGAACAGAUCCGCCAAGGCCUAGAGGAACUCCAGAAAGUCCUGCCCGGAGGGGACACGUACAUGCAUGAAGGAUUUGAAAGGGCCAGUGAGCAGAUUCACUAUGAAAACAAUCAAGGUAAGACCAUAUGGAGACAUGGCAGCACCAACUUUGCUAACAGGUCCCGAGACCUUGGUGCGAUUGUCUACUGUGUGGGCGUGAAAGACUUCAAUGAAACACAGCUGGCCCGGAUUGCAGACAGUAAGGACCACGUGUUUCCUGUGAACGACGGCUUUCAGGCUCUGCAAGGCAUCAUCCACUCCGUGAGUAGAGCGCUUCCCGACAACGGCUGGAUGCCCCAUCCGGGCCCUCUCUGCCCCGGUGCUGCUGUCAAUUCCCCGGGGAUUCCGUCUCUCUCUGGAGAAUCAUUCCAAGUCGUCGUGAGAGGAAACGGCUUUCGGCACGCCCGCAACGUGGACAAGGUGCUCUGCAGCUUCAAGAUCAACGACUCCGUCACGCUCAAUGAGAAGCCCUUCACAGUGGAAAACACUUAUUUGCUGUGUCCGGCGCCUGUCUUAAAAGAAGUUGGCAUGAAAGCCGCACUCCAGGUCAGCAUGAACGAUGGCCUCUCUUUCAUCUCCAGUUCUGUCAUCAUCACCACCACACACUGUUCUGAUGGCACCAUCCUGGCAAUUGCCCUGCUGAUCCUGUUCUUGCUGCUGGCCCUGGCUCUCCUCUGGUGGUUCUGGCCCCUCUGCUGCACCGUGAUCAUCAAGGAAGUCCCUCCACCCCCUGCCGAGGAGAGUGAGGAAGAAGACGACGAUGGCCUGCCGAAGAAGAAGUGGCCUACAGUGGACGCCUCUUACUACGGUGGGCGGGGCGUAGGAGGCAUCAAAAGGAUGGAGGUUCGUUGGGGAGAAAAGGGCUCCACAGAAGAGGGGGCUAAGUUGGAGAAGGCAAAGAAUGCGAGAGUCAAGAUGCCCGAGCAGGAGUACGAGUUCCCGGAGCCGCGCAAUCUCAACAGCCACCUGCGGAGGCCCUCUUCGCCCCGGAAGUGGUAUUCUCCCAUCAAGGGAAAACUGGAUGCCUUGUGGGUCCUCCUAAGGAAAGGAUAUGACCGUGUGUCCGUGAUGCGUCCACAGCCAGGAGACACGGGGCGCUGUAUCAACUUCACCAGAGUCAAGAACAAUCCACCUGCCAAGUACCCUCUCAACAACGCCUACCACACCACGUCGCCGCCGCCAGCCCCUAUCUACACCCCUCCAGCCCCUGCUCCUCAUUGCCCCCCGCCGCCCCCCAGUGCUCCCACCCCUCCAAUCCCAUCCCCACCUUCCACUCUCCCCCCUCCUCCUCAGGCCCCGCCCCCCAGCAGAGCACCACCCCCCUCCCGACCUCCUCCUAGGCCUUCGGUCUAGAACCCAAAGUUGGUGGCUCUGGGCUCUCUCAGAAACUUUGGGGAGGUGGUUCCUCUGUGGAGGUAGAACAAGUCUUUCCAGGAAGAGGAGGGUUCCACUUUGGAAAUGAGUGGGGGACAAAGCCCACUGACUUCACACACUUCAGACAUCGUUCGCAAUGCCUACACACCGGAAACAGUGAUCCGCGGGAAGAAACAGAAAUUUUGAAUGCCUGAAAACAAAUGAUGGGGCAACUGCAGGCACAGGUUCAGCUAGCUGGCCAGCGCCUCUGGACGAUGGUAGAGAUGGUGAACCUGCCAAGAUGCUCUCCAUGGGAUUCUAUGUCACCGAGACCGAAAGGAACCUCUCUCUUUCACCUGAGGGUGAAGCCCAAGAGUUGGGAAAGAAAUCACAUUGCCGGGUCUCCGAAUGCUGCCUUCCUCACUCCGGUCUACUGCCAUCUCUUGACCCAGGAUCCUUGGCCUGGGAACCCUGGGACCCUCUCCUCUGUGUGCUAUGUGAAGGCAGGUGCCCCUGACAAUAACUUUGGAAAAGUCCAAGUUCUAAAGUAUGGCAAGAAACUCGACAUCAGAAAGGUACACCCUCAAAAGAAUGUGCUCCUGGGUGUUUGCAGACGAGCACAAGCUCUGCCGGUCUUUUUCCCGGUGUCCAAAUGAGGAAGAGAGCAGGUGUUUAUGAUGGGGAAAGGUACGUCGUCAUGUUGGUGUGUAAGGGAAGUCAGUUUUGUACACAGAUGGGACGUGUUGAUGGGAGUGUCCGAGAGUUUCUAAACCCCCCUCGCCCCCCACCCCAGGCCAUCAGCAGCUAGUAAGAGGUGUCUGGCUUUGGCCAGCCGUGGCCCCUAGAUCAACAGAGAGUGGCAUGGUUGAGAACCAGCCGGUUAAUGAGACAUGUUAGAAAUCAAAAUGUGGCUUGGGUUUCAAUCACCUCAGAUAGGAAGAAGCGAUUGAUCCUGUUUUGUUUCUUUUUUUUUUUAAGAGGUAGACAGAAGUUGAUCUUUCCAAAAUGGCAUCAUCAAUACCAACCCUACCAUCUCACUGAUAGGUAUUUGCCUUUCUUGGUAAAGUGUGUGCCAGAGACUUCUAGGUGCUGCUGAGACACAAUGGCCCUGACAUAAUAAGGAAACUAUCCCAGGUGCUUUGACUGAUCCAAAAAUAGAGUAUACAUGUAUGGAUGCAAAUAAUCAUAUCCUUCUCCUUGGCUUUACAACACACUCCCGAGAAUGAUCAGCUUGUCACCGAAGUGAAAUGAAUUAGUUUUACAGUCCAAAAAUGGUCUGCCGAAAUUCGUACCACUCACUUCCUCCAGCUUUCCAGAAUCUGUGUCCGUCAGUAGCCCUGUGAUCACUUUCUAAACACUGGGCAUCAUCACCUGGUGGUGAAAGCAAAGGUCAUUGUCAAGGGACUGCUAUUCCACUUUAUCUUCCCUUCAAGAUUUGCACGAGGAACCUUCGAUGGUAUAGGGGUGACGUGUUGGCCUAUGAGGUUAGCAGUUCAAAAACCACCAACCCCUCCACUGGGGAAAGAUGAGGCUUUCUAAUCCCAUAAAGAGUUACAG